GAGGCUGGACCACGACCCUCUCUCGGAGCAUGACGGGAGUUGUAGUUUGGGGGCGUCCCAAGAAAGAUCCGGGUGACGCCUUCUGGUCCGGGGGCGGGCGGUCAUAGCGCUGCUUGGCUGAAAGGAGGAGGGACUGGCAGUGGGGAGGAGGCUCUAGUGAGGCCUGAAAGGCUGCGCAACCAGGCAAGGGAGGAGGUUGGGGUUUUGGGGUUCGAGAUUGGAUGCCAGCCAGGGAGCGUGUCUGAUAUGCUGCUGAGGUCGUGAUCGGCUGGGGACCGUGGCAGUCGCUGGCCAGACUCACCCAGGAAGCCUUCUCUUCUUGGGGCCUAAUUUCCAGCAGCCGGGUAGGCCUCACCACAGGCUCCUUUCCAUACGGCAGGAACCCCCGUUCUCUGGCCUGGAGAUGGCUUCCCCGAGCCCCCCGCUGGAGCCAAAGGGGUUGCUGACAUUUGAGGAUGUGGCUGUGUUUUUUACCCAGGAGGAGUGGGAUUAUCUGGACCCAGCUCAGAGAAGCCUGUAUAAAGAUGUCAUGAUGGAGAAUUAUGGAAACCUGGUCUCACUGGAUGUUUUGAACAGAGAUAAGGAUGAAGAGCCAACUGUGAAACAAGAAAUUGAAGAAAUUGAGGAAGAAGUGGAACCACAGGGUGUAAUAGUUACAAGAAUCAAAAGUGAAAUUGACCAGGAUCCCAUGGGUAGAGAAACCUUUGAACUUGUUGGUAGGUUAGAUAAACAGAGAGGGAUCUUCUUAUGGGAAAUACCAAGGGAAUCUUUGACCCAGGAACAGAGAAUGUUCAAAGGAAACACUAACAUUCGUAAGAGACCAAACUCAGAAGAGAAAUGCCAUAAAUGUGAAGAAUGUGGAAAGGGUUUUGUCCGCAAGGCCCAUUUCAUUCAACAUCAAAGGGUCCAUACUGGUGAGAAACCUUUUCAAUGCAAUGAAUGUGGGAAAAGUUUUAGUCGCAGUUCAUUCGUUAUUGAACAUCAGAGAAUUCACACUGGGGAAAGGCCCUAUGAGUGUAAUUACUGUGGAAAAACCUUUAGUGUGAGCUCAACCCUUAUUAGACAUCAGAGAAUCCACACUGGAGAAAGACCCUAUCAGUGUAAUCAGUGUAAACAGAGCUUCAGCCAGAGAAGGAGCCUUGUUAAACAUCAAAGGAUUCAUACAGGUGAGAAACCCCAUAAAUGUAGUGACUGUGGGAAAGCCUUCAGUUGGAAGUCACACCUUAUUGAGCAUCAGAGAACUCACACUGGUGAGAAACCCUAUCACUGUACCAAAUGUAAAAAAAGCUUUAGUCGAAAUUCAUUGCUUGUUGAGCAUCAAAGAAUUCAUACUGGGGAAAGACCCCAUAAAUGUGGUGAAUGUGGGAAAGCCUUUAGAUUAAGUACAUACCUAAUACAACACCAAAAAAUCCACACUGGUGAGAAGCCUUUUCUUUGUAUUGAAUGUGGAAAAAGCUUUAGUCGGAGCUCAUUCCUUAUUGAACAUCAGAGGAUCCACACUGGCGAAAGACCUUAUCAGUGCAAAGAGUGUGGGAAAAGUUUCAGUCAGCUUUGCAACCUUACUCGUCAUCAGAGAAUUCACACAGGAGACAAACCCCAUAAAUGUGAGGAAUGUGGAAAAGCCUUUAGUAGAAGCUCAGGUCUUAUUCAGCAUCAGAGAAUCCACACGAGGGAGAAGAUUUACCCAUACAAUGAAACUAAGGAAAGUUUUGAUCCAAAUUGCAGUCUUGUUAUACAACAGGAGGUCUACCCUAAGGAAAAAUCUUAUAAAUGUGAUGAAUGUGGGAAAACUUUUAGUGUUAGUGCUCAUCUUGUACAGCAUCAAAGAAUCCACACUGGUGAGAAGCCCUACUUAUGUACUGUUUGUGGAAAAAGCUUCAGUCGGAGCUCAUUUCUUAUUGAACAUCAGAGAAUCCACACUGGUGAGAGACCCUAUCUGUGCAGACAGUGUGGCAAAAGCUUCAGUCAGCUUUGUAAUCUCAUUCGACAUCAGGGUGUUCACACAGGUAAUAAACCCCAUAAAUGUGAUGAAUGUGGGAAGGCCUUUAGCCGAAACUCAGGUCUUAUUCAGCAUCAGAGAAUACACACAGGAGAGAAACCUUACAAGUGUGAGAAGUGCGACAAAAGUUUCAGUCAACAGCGCAGUCUUGUCAACCAUCAGAAGAUCCAUGCAGAGGUGAAAAUCCAAGAAACCCAUGAAUGUGAUGCUUGUGGUGAAGCCUUCAAUUGCCGCAUUUCUCUCAUUCAGCAUCAGAAAUUGCACACUGCAUGGAUGCAGUAAAUGUAGAGAAAUAUGUGAGCUCAAACAUUUUAUUUGAGACUACCCAAGUGCAGUUUUAUUAUGGCUCAACAUGGGUCAGAUUUAGUGAUAAAUAAAGCAGAUUUUCCUUGGCCUCAGGCAAAUGGUUUCUACAGAUUCUGUGAAUAAUGGACAAUUGCCCAUGGUCAAUUGACUUCCAUUGCUCUUUGUUUUGAUGAUCAUAAAGACUUGGUACUUUAUCUAAGCAUCUUUCUUUAAUAAAUCUUUCAGCAGAGGUUAAACCCAGGUUCAGAGCACAUGGGAGGUGCUCUGAAAGACAAAGUUGAAUUAAUAUAAGGGAGCUAAUGUUAGAAAACUGAGAAUAAUGAUUCCAGGAGUCUUUUGUCACCAGCGCCAUGGUCCUUUCAGUUCCAUGAUAUGUUUGGCUAUGCAUGCCAAAGUCCAGUGAUUAAGCAUAUGUAAGUUGUCAAGGUAACAAAGCCCAGAUGUUUUUGAAACUAGUAUACAAGAUUUUGUCAUGGUUUAAGAAAGCUAGUUGUUUGGCAUUGACUUAAAGAAAGGCAGUUCCAAUGCCUGGUAGUGCCCAGAUCUAUGAAAUGAGUGGACCAUUAACUUUACAUAUAAAGAUUACGUGAGUGAUUGACAAACCCAGCAAAAGUGUUACCAAGGAACCUUUGGGAGUGCCUUCUCCCCCAUCCCCUAGAUGGGCCCAAAAAGGUGGAGGAAGAUAUUGUUCUUUUGUGCCCUCCCAUAUCUGUAAAAGAUAUUUAUAACCCUGUAUGAAUAAUCUUAUCCCUUCACAACCAGGAGCAUGUGAAAUGUAUAUAUUUUUAUUACCAAGAAUUGGAAAUAAAAGGACCUGGAGUCUAUGCUAGGAAUCUGAGAUAUUUUGGUAUUGCAUUGUUUUGUUUUGUUUUUUUACGGUAACUAGAUUUUGCAUGCAAUUUUAAAAUCCUUAUUUCUGGUUCUAGGGCCUCCCUUAGUUAAUGGUUACUAUAAAUCUAUUAAUUCAUCUGUUUUAAUCAUUAAAAUUAUUUUGUUUUGUUUUGUUUCUUGCUUUG